GCCCGCGCCCGGACCCGCAGCGCCGCCCAGGCGGGACGCCCCCGGCCCCGAGGCGGGGUGAGGCCGCCAGUAAGUCGCGGAGCCGCCCGCGGGGCACGGUGUGGGGCGCGGCCGCCUCAGCGCUGCUUCACGCUUGGCGCCAAAAGCGGCGGAGCGCCGCGGGCCCGGGGCUGAGGGCUGAGGGGCCGCGGCCUCUCGCGGGCGGGGCCGGCCGCUGCCGGCUGCCGAGCGGAGACGUGUCGGUGGCUGCACGGCGCGCCUGUGGCUGCCCCGGGCCGGGGCUGCUCUUCGGGCGCCGCUCGGCCCGCGUUUCCCUCGGCUCUUGGUUCCGAAGUGGGGAUGGUGGCCGGGGCUGACCUGCGUGGUAAAUGGUAAAAUGGGGGAAGCGGUGUAUGGUGGCACUGUGGCAGGGAACGGCCUUUCUCCAGCCUGGUUUGCAUCUACGCGCCGGCAUCCGGGUGUUUUGCCUUCGCUGCUGGUGGAUGAGUUUCUCAAAAUUGGAUUUCCAUGUAAACCUUCAGCAGAAGCUUGGAGGUGCAGAUCGAAGGGGCCUUGCCGCCACCCUCAGGGAUUCCUUCCCUGUGAAAUGUCUUGGUACUGCCAUAUUCCUUCUGCUUUCCGCUAUGUCUGGAAAGUCCCUGGCAAGGUGGGAUCUCUCCAUCCCUUUUGGGCCUGUGUUUUAUGCCACGCGUGUCCAAGUACAGGUGUCCAGGAAGUACCAUCCAUUUGCUCGUCCUGCAUUCUGCUGAUAAUUCAUGGUUACAGACCAGCUAAAAGUGUCUCAUUCGCAGUUAGCUGAUGGAUUUUCUGCGGAGGUCCACAGGGAUGUGUGACUGGAAGGCAGGAGGAGCUGGCGAAGGGCACCAGAGCUGUGUGGAAUAGAGGGCAGGUGAACACUGCUGCUCGCAGGAAGGGUCCUGCUGCCAGAUUAUGAGCAGUGGCGCAUGAAUGAGGAGCUCUCAGGUUCUGGAGUGAUCGUGUAGACAGGAAUUUUCCUUGCUAGAUCUUUGUUCUGUUUCCCUGCAGUGUCUUCCUGAGUUGAACUGGAAGCUUUGGAUGUCUGCAGCCUACAGAAACGAGCUCUGAAGGUUGGCAGUGAAAAUGGCUGAGAGCUGUAGGAAAUGCUUAAGGGAAUCUAAUGCUUUUGGAAUCUAGAGUGGUGCCAGGCAAGGGGCUUAGAUCUGGUUCUAAGUCCUUGGUUUAAAAAAAAUAAGAUUCUCUGCAGGCUUAAGUUGGAUUGGGGAAUUCACAAUAGACAAAUGACCCUAAGAGUGGGGUACAGAAGACUGUUUUAAGGAAGUUGUAAUGAUUUUAAAACAUAAAUGAUAAAAAGUCAGCUAUUUAAUAUUUCUUCCUAAACAUCAGUGCUGUUUAGAUUAGAUUUUUGGAAGCAGGAGUCAGGCUAGCUAUCAACCUGUCAAAAACAUGAAAAAUACAUGUUGCCAAAACUAUUACACUUUUAAGGAUCUUUUCUUUUGAAUCCUUACAUUAGAUACUUUGCUUCCUAAAGCAAAUGAUGAAUAUAAGCAAUUUGAUGUAGAUUCCUCAUUUUUUAUAUACUAAUAUUAACAUAAUAAAACAAAAACAAAUUCUAGAAGAUUAUUCUGUUACUUAAAAAGAGAAGCAUGUAUUGAGAACCUAUAUGAGCUGUCUGCAAUUUAUAUAGAGAUAGAGAGAAUGGAGGUUACUAAAAAUAAUGUAAGAAAUAAAUUUGAAGUGACCCUUUGGAAUUUUCUUUAUGACCUAAGUGUAAAUCUAGGAAGAUGCUAUGCAGAUUUCUCUGUUGGGCAGAAAUGGAGUCAUGUGCAUGUGAUAACCUUGAAAUUUCUCUGAAGUUCCUCUUUUUAAAUGUUUAAGUAUUGGUGUAUUCUUGAAAGGCUGCAUAUUAUGUAAACAGUUGUAUGACCUAGUGUCAUAACGUCUUGUAGUUGAAGGCUUUUCACAAACUGGCACCAGCUCUAUGUAGAAUCUUUUAUACAGCGGGUAUAGUUGGGGGAAAAAGAAGGAAAGAGGAGAAAGCUUCUGUCCCUCACAUUGCUUUUUGUCCAAGUUAAGAGCAAGUGCAGUGCAGAGCACGAGUGUGCAGUUCUGUCAGUUUUGUUUUCCACCAAAGGAUAAGCUAAACUCUUGUGUUAUAAGGUAUGUGUACUCUGUAACUAAUACGUAGCUAGAUGUGACAGUUAAAAGAUUUCAGUCAGAGCUAAGGUUUGCUUGUUUAAUUAAAAUUUUAUCUUGAGCAAGCUAUUCGCAUAGCUGAACCCUUCACUGUGUGGACCAAGAUCUGCAUCUUUUUGCAGACUUCAGAUAAAAAGUGAAGUUAGUAAUUACUGUGGAGUAACGUUUAAGGAUUCUUAAUUCCCAGGGUUUUGUAUGUGGAGUACAAGAAAGAAAACGUCCCAGAACACAUUGGUAGAAAGCUGAGUAUUCCGGAAGAGGUUUACAGUACAGUUCAGCUUUUACACACACACGUAGCCAGCAGUAUGAGAAGUUUGGCCAUUCUUCAGCAUCGGUGUUGUCCUUAGCCACUAAACACAGAUGAAGCUCUGCAGUAGGCCGUUCUGUUCCUGGUAAGAUUUGCCUCUCUCUUUGACUGUAGUUUCUGACAUCAACGCAAAGCACAACUUGCUGACGUACUGUAGUCCACAGCAGGAGUGUUUUGCCACUGUACCGGUGUUACACUGUCAGAGGGCUCUUAGGAUAGCUAUUAAUUUAGAUGCUUUUAUCAGAUAUACACUGUUUUGAAAUGAAUCUUAGGCAAAUCAUGAUCAGCUAAGUUGUUGAGAGGAGUAGGUACAAAUUCUGUAAUCACAGUCUGAUUAGGCAAUGGCCUGUCUCCACAGAAGAGAAGCAGCGGGAUACAUACUUCUGCACCAUCUGAAAUUCUAAAUGGCGAAAAUAAAGUGUGUGGUUCUGAUACCAGCUCCAAUUAAGGGAGUUAUGAACACUUAACUGCCUAUUAGUCUGAAUGCACGCAUCUAGUUUUCUGAAUGUGCAAACAUAAAGACUUCAGAUAAUCUGACCUGUGGUACUCUUAAUCUUAAUGAACAGCCCUGAAAUCUGCUUGCAGGUAUGAUUGCAGCUGGUAGUGUCUGGUUUGUUGCCUUUGCUUAUUUGACCUUCACUCUUCUAAUUUCAGCGUGCAGCUAAGAUCUGACUUGGACUCCACUGCUUUUACAGCUGUAGCCAGGUUCACAUGAUCCCUUGGGUUUUAAUGGAUGGCUCUGUCUAAUAAUAAGACCUGGUCCUCAAAUUUUACUGAGUCCCUACCUGGGGAAAUUUCUAUUGGAAUUUACUGACCUUUAAUCUCUCCUCCAUUUUUUUUUUCCUGGAAGGUAUUUGAUGCAAUGUUUUGAGUGUUUGUUUUUUAAUACACUUGUAAUGGUAAUCUAAAAUAUAAUUUGUCAGCAGACUUAAACCAAGGAUGCUACAUAGUCUUGAGGCAUAUUUGUUCCACUUCUUUCUCUCUGUUGUGUAAAGAAAAGUAACAGGAAAAAAAAAUGUAUUUUUUUUCAGGUAGGGGGAAUAAUGCAGCAAGAAAUUCUCAGAACAAAACAGCCCAGCUUUCAAGUGUAACAGAAGAGUAUGGAGUGAUUAAGCAAAGGGAAUUCCUUAACUCAUGUUAAAUUAAGCAAUGUGCCCUGGUUUCCAGGAACAGCUUAAUGGUUGUUCUCAGGUCUUUGUUAGUACAGUAAGCACAGAUAGUGUUAAUGAUCGAGAACUAGGCAGUCCUAUCAAGACACUGCAGUGUAUCCUCAACUGCAGAAUAAGUCAUAUCUGUCAGUCAGCUUAGCAAACAAGUAAGAAAUUCUAUCUGGUGGGUUAGCAAAGCACUUGUCUUCCUAAUAAUAGCUGUGCUCUUGAAAGGUCCUGCUUUGCAGAACCUCUCUGCAAAGGUGGAGGGUGGACCUUCACUGCUGAAUUUUUUAAGUAACAAACAAAUAGGUCAGAAGGAAAAAAAGCAUCGUUACUUGUUUUCAGCUCUAGCAUUUAGCCAGUUUUCAAUAUCUAGCAGAUUGCUUUGUAGUUAUGAACCUUUUUUUGUGGUUUUUUUUUGUUUUUUAAAAUGAAAAGUAAUUUAUUUUUUCAAUAAUACACUUUUCUUUUUCUCCUGUGAUAGACAAGUUCCUCUGAACUCAAGUGAAUUCAAACCCUGAAAGAUCUUUUUUUUUUUGUCCUCAGCUUUGCACAGAAGGUUUUUCUUUCAGCUUUUUGACUUUGAUAUUAGACCAUGUUUCUGAUUUCCUUUACCUUUUGUCUGUUGGUUUAUUCUUUCACAUAUGGAGUUGCACACAGCUCCUCCAGUUAUAAUUAUAACCUGUAAGUUUGCUGAAUUGGGUCUUCAGAGAAAUGCUUGAUGUUUGUAAUUACAUUUUGCAGCAUAACAUAUCUUGCUUAAAAGUAUCUAAUUGUUUUAAUUACCUGUUUUUAUAUAAUGAUGUUUUAUACAUCUUCUGUAGAUUGAGAAUGGUGGUUACACUCAGCUGAGUUAAAGGUGGGUUUCCUAGCAAUGUGGCUUGCCAUAAUAGAAGUGCUCCAAAAUGUAUCCCAUUGCAGUGGGUGUUUGCAGUGAAAUUACUCUCACUUGAGAAAUCAUAGGAUCACAGGAUGGCUUGAGUUGGAAGGGACCUUGCAGCCCAUCCAGUUCCAACCCCCAACCAUGCGCAGGGCUGCCACCCAAUAGGUGAGGCUGCCCAGGGCCCCAUCCAACCUGGCCUUGAAGGCCUCCAGGGAUGGGGCAUCCACAGCUUCUCUGGGCAAUUUGUUCCAGUGCCUCACCACCCUCUGAGUAAUUAAUUUCUUCCUAUUGUUUAUCCUGAGUUUCCCCUCUUUUAAUAUAAAACCAUUUCCCCUUGUCCUGCUACUAUCUGCCUGUUUAAAAAGUCGGUGUCCUUCCUGUUAAGUACUGGAAGGCCACAAUGAGAUCUCCCAGAGCCUUUUUCAGGCUGAAUGAGCCCAGCUUUCUCAGCCUUUCUUCAAAGGAGAAGUGCUCCAGCCUUCUGACCUUCUUUGUCGCUUCCUUUGGAUCCUCUCCCAACAGCUCUAUGUCUUGUGCUGGGGGCCCAAUGCAGCACAGUGGGGUUUUGUCCUGAAAAUGGGGACAAAGCUGGGAGGAGAAGUCUUUUACCUUCAUGUGAUAAAUGCAACAGAUACAGCUUUGGAAGCAAGUUGUUCUGUUCAAAGCAAAAAUCAUAGAACUGUAGAGAAGGAAGACUUAUGCAUGUUAUCUCAUGAAGACAAUUGGCUGGAGAAAGGAAGAGCUUCCUUGGGAAGGAGGAUCCCACAGUUCACUGACAACUCAUAGAAUACCGCCAGUUGUGAAUUAGGGAAGGGUUGCAUACCAGGUGGAUGGUGUCCUCCUUUGAAAGUGAUUUCCUAGCCAUAAUCUGUCUAAAUGGAUUUUUGCUCUGUUUUUGUUAAGGGCAGUUUUCUCCUGUAGUGUCUGAAAGAUGUCCUUUGGAAUCAUACGUGCAAAUAGGGCAGUUUUACUUGCCGCUAUACUUUCAUGGUAUGAAGGCAAGUUCAGAAAUAACAUGGAUUGGUAAACCGGUGUAUAAAAGUGUUUACUUGUGAAUUCACUUGUAAUACUGCAUUGACAGAACUAUUGUGGUUGUUUCCUCUGCUUGGAAAUUAGGUAAAAUCAAUCUAUUAGCACCCACAUACUGGUGAUAUCUUAAGAGAAUGUUUAGAAGCCUCCUCAAUCCAUUGCUAGUUUGGGGCAUUCUCUAACUGAAGUUGUAGCAAUCUACUACGAAUCAUUUAUCCACCUCCCUUCUUGCAGUCCUCUAUUGUGAUGACCUGUCACUCCAUAAUUGCAUUCUCAAGGAUAUUUCUAUCUCUACUCCCGUUGUGUCCAAAGUACAUACAUUUACACCUAUUCAUUUCUGACAACCAAGUCUGCUUUUGUCCAGUAAUAUCUUUAAUAGGAGCAUUUAUCUUCUUUUUCUGUCCAAGAGAUAAGUAAGAGCCUUUACUUGCACCACACUCAAAAACUUCCAUUUUCUUCCUGUCACUGUCAAUAAUUUCUCAGGAUUCGCAUAAUUCAUGAAUUGCUAUAGCAAAAAAAUUAAGCAUUUCACCAAUGAAGUCUUUCUGCUGUUUGAGGUGAAACGGUUUUUAUCAGGCUGAUAUAAGGAAAGCCAUGGCUGAACCAACUGUUGUUCAAAAUGUUACGGUUUCUACUGGGCAGAUUCUGAUUGGAUAUAUUUGAUCCUAGAUAACUGAAUUUAUGAACAGUCUCUGUAGCCAGACCAUUCAGCAUAAAGCAUAACAUUCUAUUCUUAUUAAUUAAGUAUAUUUGUGGCAUAUUCAAAAAUAGCUUGUAUUUUUAACUAAGUUUUUAUUGGCUGUCUAAUGCUUGCUGCACAGUAGAAGCAGUUGUGACAAAGAACAUUAAGACAUCAGCCUAUGAGUCCAUUGCAAAUACAGCUUCUCAAUUCUGAAAUGUCCUUCCCCAAUUUUAUUUAUUUAUUUAUUUUCCCAGCCAGGCUAUAAGGAAAUCUGCAGUUAUCACCUCUGUAAACUGGAAAGUUUAGCCCACGGCAGCUACCUACGAGGGAGAAGAUUAUACGAGCAGUCUCCCUCUUCCCCCAAUUAGAUGAGAACUGUUGUACGGUCUGUUUAAAAAUCAGAAUGUGUGGUACUGAGGUUCUGAUUAAAAGGCUUCUACACGAGAAGUAUUGAUUAUAUUUGUGUUGUUGCUGUUCCUAAUUCUUUCACGGAUGCAAUGCCUUCUGCUUGCAGUAAAGAAAAGAAUGAGACAGAACUUUACAAAUGAGUAUAAAUCUAGGAUUUACCAUUAUGAUGAAAGAAAGAGAUGUGAUGAAUGGAUGUAAAAUCUCGGAGCUGUAGUGUAAUGAUGGGGUCAUUUCAUCAUGAUGGGUAGAUAUGACAUGCAGUAUUCAGAGCCUUCAAAAAGGGUUUCAUUUAUCAUACUCGAGGAGGCAUCAAAGUGUUUGGGUAUGACUCAAAGCAAAAGAAUCGUUACAAUUUGCCUUUGAACAAACUCAGGAAAUAUAUUGAUCGUAUAGGUUUAUGCUGCUAGGAAAACAGCUAAUGAUGAUUCAGUCUAUGUAUUUUGUGCAUAGCUUGAGGAAAUGUUCAUUAAAACCUUACACCAUGUAUGCCGCUACACCCUUUGGGAACUUAAACAUAAAAGCUGGAAUUUCAAAACCUUAUUAAGUACAAUUUGAGUUUACAGAAAUAGAAUAAUAUAUUUGAAUUCUGGAAUUGUGUGGCCAUAGGUGAGAGAGGAAACUACACCAGAUGAUGUUUGGAGUAAAAAGAAAGCUCUGAUUUCCAAAUGUGCUGGUGCAUAGUGUUCAAUAACAGCAGUAUUGGUCGAUGAAGAUGGUGACUGAGUUCAUUUGAGCUGAUGUUCAAAUGGAUAUUUAACAAAGUGGGCCACGAAUGGGUUUCUAAGGAGAGGACAGAAUACCAGAAAUGGAGCAGAUGAAGCCAGAAGUAGGCUAGACAAGGCAAGAGCAAGCACAGAAGUGAGAAAGCAUGGCUGUGACAGACAUGAAUGCUUAACAAUACAAAUGUGUUCUCAGUAGCCAGGCUGUGAACCAGAAAUUUGCAAUGACUGGGUAUGGGAAAGUUCAUCAUGGUAGCGGUCACCGGAGAUGAUGAUUCUGAAUGCCAGCAGAGUUCGAACUUACGCUGUUCAUAAAGUGGACUGAUAUGUAUCCACUUACAAUUUUACCAGCAUCUAAAACACUAUUUAUAUCCUGUCUGAAAUUGGCAGGGCAGCUCAUAUGUUCUCCGUGUAAUGUACUGUAACUACACUGUAUCUAGUACGUAAACGUUUGCUUUCUUAAUAUAUUGCUACUGUUCUUUUUAUCUUCCAGACACUGCGUAUUUAUGCCUAAUCUUUUGUAUUUUCAGUUCAGCACAGGCUAAAACUGUCAGCCUCAUUUAUCUGAGACUAUUAAAAAUGCAGACAAAGGCUUUCAGCCAGCAUGUGAACAUUGAAGUUGCUACUUUCUAUGUACCCAAUUUUUGCUUAUGGGAUGUCAUUGAUCUAUAUCUGAUCAAUAUUUUUAAAAUUUCCUUUGAGAUCUGCUCAGCAGCCAUCUGUAUUCCAGUGUGUGGAGGAGAAAGCUGAGUGAGUCAGUUUCUUCAUUCCUCUUCAGAGUCAUUUUGCUCUGACACUGCCUUGAUGCGCUAGGCUUGUAUCCUUGCUUCAAAAACUGUAACAGUAUGUUCUCUCACAGACCUUCAUAGCAAAGAAGAUUUAAACGAUAAAAUAUGUUGACAAGCCUAUAAGAGUUUGAAUAUAGCAAGAACAGAGCAGCAGGGGGAGAAAACAUUAGGUAGUAACUAGCAAUAGGUCCUUAAGCCUCCUAAUCAGCUGCAUAUAACAAGGAAGAAAUGUGACGAAAUAAAUACAUACAAAUGUGCUGACGUAGUCCAUGAAUAAAAUAAAAGAGUUUUACAGUUUCUGGAAUUCAAGCUAACUUGCAGUAAUAUUUAGUCUGCCUUACUAAAUUCCAAUUUUAGGGGGUUGUCUGUUUUCCUUAGUAAAAAGAAUUUCCCCUUAACACACUGCUAGAUAUGAGAAAUGGGAAUGCAGGAGGAUGUAUGAAUGAGAUGAAGAAAUGGGAGGAGCUGAGAUGAGCACACGUGGUAGGGAAUCCGGAGCUGUCUGAGCAUAAGAGAAUUUCAUAGGAGUAAAAAAAAAAAAAAAAAACAACAAAGAGAGAUGGAAGGUGAAAAAAAGAGCCCUGAGUGAAUGGCAGAUAUAUCUUAAACAUUGUUAUUUAUGAUCAGUAAGUACACCGUUGCCAAAUUCAAGCUGAACUGAAGAAGCCAAAUUUUGCACACAAUAAAUACUAUGCGAUGUUCUGUUAUUUAUAAAACUAGUUAUACGUACAGUUAAUAUUUACUGAAUACCAAAUUCCUUUCUAGUUUGCUCUGUGUAUUUGGAAGAUACAAAAAAUCUUUUCUGCAUCUGGCUGAAAGAAGUUGUAAGAUCUUUACAAAUCAGAGCAUAUUAUUAACAUUCAAAUUAAAAAAUAUUGUCAUGAAUUUUUUGCCAUUUACAUAGGGAGUUCCAGCUCAGCUGAAGACCUGCAUCAAAAUACUUUGGGACUUUCAUUCCUGCAUGCCUGUUUGAUGUUUUGGUGCUCCUAUGGUUAGUAGAUGCCCUCUUGCUGAACCUGGGGAAGAACAUGUGAGUGACAGUGGCAACAGUCAUACAACCAGGUGAUACAAUCUGCUGGCCACAAAACAGCAAACCUGGCUAUGUAGAGUAGACAGGUAAAUUAAAAAAGCUUGAAUUGAGGAAGGGCUGUUUCUGUUAUAUCAAUUCUAACAAUAGGUUUAAACAUCAUCUGGAUAGGGAUUUGCUUUUUAGGUGCCUUUAAUCGAUGCUGAAUUUGAAAAGUAAAUGUGUAAUGUCGAAAAUUGUCCAGUUCAUAACAAUAGUGAGAUAAGGAUGUAAUUCUUAUCAAAGUACCCAUUGGUCUCUCUAACCAUCACCACUGCACAAGAGAAGAGAUCACACCUCAGUAAUGGAAAAGGUGCACCAAACAAAUGAAUCGCUCCUCUUUCAAUGUUAUUUUAAGCUAUGUUCCUUCUUCCAGGUUUUGGGGAACGUAGACAACAGGAAUCAAAUCAUUCAAAGAGUUCAUUGUCUGAUCAUCCAUUUGAAGAAAGCUUCAACAUUUUUUACGUGCUGGUUGUAUUAACAGAUUAUUUUUUAUUUUUUUGCCUAUUAAGAUGGGCCCACGUCCAAAUUGCGACAUCCUGAAUUGUGUGUGAGCUAAAUCUGGUUACAGAUACAAAUCUGAAUAUUAUGAGCAGGGUGGAGUUGAGCUAAAGAUCUGACUCCCUCGGCCUUGUGACUUGGAUGUGACAUGAGUUUGGCAUGUCCAAGCUAACCCUAUUUUUUUACCUAGCUCCUGAAUAAAUUGGAAACUUAAAAAGGCACUGUCAUGUUUUGUAUCUGAAACCAUAAGGUGGUCUUAAGCUGCCUGCAGUGCUGUAAAUUUGAGUUUCUUUUGUUGCUGUUGUUAUUCAUUGGGAAAGAAUGCGGCCCGGUUUCCAGUGACAGAGGGUGUGAAAUGGUAUAAAGUAGAAGUAAAAGGUGGAUUAUUUUGAAGAGACAAAAAAAACAAACCAAAACAAAACCAUAGUUCCCUGUUCAACAGGGACCAAAUAACCAUGGAGCCAGUUUCCUAUGUAAGUAACUGCGAUUCUGUCAUGUGACAGUUACAUGGAGUCACAUACUGAACAAAGAAUUUUCUUAAAAAAAAAAAAAAAAAAAAAAGAAAAAGAACUGUAGUCUAUGAAGCUGCUUUUAAAUGCUCAAUGCUCCCUGCUCCCUUCCCCCAUCUCCUUGGCUUCUUGUUUCAGCCUAAGUAGUAGAGCACACAAGUUAUUCAAGUUUAGAAACUAGUUAGUGAAAUUGAAUUCAUAAAUGAGUGCUAGUGAUUUUAGACCAUAAAAUGGAUCCUAAUUUAUUUUUACAAGCAGCAUGACUGAGGUUAAGCUUGAAGGUUGCUGUAGCCAGACAGGUUUUUUUGUAAAGCUGGUGAGUGAGGAGCAUCGACACCACAUAGGAUACACGUUAGAUACCUAUGCUUAUGUAGCAUGUACUUACAUAGUGUAGAGUUUUGAACUCAGAAUUUUUUUGUGAAAUACACAGGUCUGGGUCAGAUCUGUAUUUCGAAAUAAAGCCUCUAAAAAAACACUGCUGAAAGAAAGCAAAUAGAUUUUUAUACAUUUUGUAAUCUGAUGUUAACAGUCACAGUGAGGUAAACAUUUAUAAAUCACUUGUAACUGGCAGGCUGUUAACUUCUGGUAAAUGGUUUGCUCAGACAAUGGAGUAGAGUCUUUCUUGACAUCUAAAAGUGUUUAUUCACUCAGAUGACAUUAAUAGGUUGCUGAAACUAAAAUUCAGGGUCGCAACUAAUAUUACAUCUACUUAGAAAUCCCGUUCUGCAGCCAGGUGCAACAGUUUAAAAUCUGUGAGUGAGAGCAGUAAAACAGCUGACAUCCCCAAACUUCCUGCACAAUGGGAACACUGUGGGUUGGUUUUGUUUUUUUUUUUUUGGUCUGUUUGUUUGUUUUUUAAAUCUGGAAUAACUAAAAUGUUGUAAUUAGUUUUUAGUUGAAAUAUUACACGAUCAAAAGAAAACAUUAACUGGUAGCUUUUUGAACUUUUCUUUAUAAUAAAGUCAAAUUAAAAUUUACUUUUUCAGUAAAUGUUUUCAAGGGUUUGGUUCUGCAUCUCAAAAUGAUUCAAUCAUGUUAAGUGAACGUGUUUGAGGAAAUGCCCCUUUUUUGCUCUAAGUAAAGUGGUUAUUGUAGGUGAGGCAUAAUAACUUACUGUACUGAGAUCCUAAUACAGGCAAGCUAGUUGGUAGGUUUCUCGUGUUCUUCGUGCUAUUGGGGUGAAGGUAAACAGAUAAGAAUAUAAAAUUACUGUAGUCUUCUAGUACAUAUUUUCCUACUAAAAGAAACAAGCUUCUUUCUGCCUCUACCCCCAUUUGCCUUAAGGAAGAUACAGUACAACGUUGGAUGAUUUGGAUUUUGCUGGUAUCACUUAUACUUGACACCUGACUCUGAAUAAGAUAUCCCAAGAGAAGCUCAGCUACCAAACAAAAUAAAAUGCUCAAGUCUCAUAUUGCAAAUUCUUGAAUGAUGUUGGUUCUGUUUCAACCUGGAAAAUUGUAGCACAGUUCCAAACCAGAGCACUUCCUUCUGGAGCUCUGCCUGCCAUCAUGCAGCAGAGCAGAGACCCCCACGGUUCUGUCAUGGGGCAUUUUGUUCUUGCAGCUCCAGCUUUACCCAUGAGUGGAGGCCAUGAAUGAUACUGUUCCUUGGAAAUGUCUUCUUUCUCGGUCAGCAUACUGCAAUUGUUUUGUUAAAAUCAGUAAGUAAACAUCCUGGUCAAAUUCCAGUUCAGAUAACAGCACUCUGCUUACAGAGUUCCUGCAGUUUCAAAUAAAUGGCAUACUUAUGUCUGUUACCCUGUUCUGUGGUAUUGGAUGGUGGUGGUAAGCAGCUGGUAUGUUGUGGCUCAGAGGUGAUCUCAGCUAACUCAGGCAUAAGGUGGAUCCCCUUUGCUUUUCAUUAUUACUUUAAAAUUGAGACAUGUUGAUGAUGGUAAAGUUGCUGAAGUGUCAAACAUUUAUCUCUUUUUUCUUCUUCCUGUACAUCUUGUUCUAACUAUUGCAGAGAUAAAAAUGGUGUCUGAUUUUUAAAAUGAUACAAAUGUAAGUUUUACUCCUUGCCUUCUUCUUAGGCCAUGUCUUAAAUACAUUGAUCUCUCGGAUUGCUGAUAUUAAAUUUGCUAUGGGAUAGGUUCGGUGCAGUUUACCAAUAUAAAGCCAAUGAUAGCUAACAGAUGAAAACAUGACAGUUUCAAUGAAAGUCAGCUUAUCACUUUUUAUCACACACCAGGGAGACAUGUUCAGCACAGCUUGUUUUUCCUUUCUCCGGUUUCAACAGAUCGGGAUGGAUUUUUGAUAUCUAUAAAAUUUGACAUAUCAGAUUGAUGAAUACAGCACAGCAGAGAACGUCCAAUACAUGAAUAAGAUUCAUCACAAAUCAAAACUGAAGUGUGAGCUUAUUCCAAAUUCACAAAGUCCUUGUGGCAGUGAGGCUUCUUUCAGCCGUGAUCUCACAUCAUCUCACACUGCCUGCAGAAGAGAUAAAAUUCAGUAUGAUUCUUUACUUCUUAGACUACAGCAGUUGUUGUCAUUACUUCUCCCCAUUCCCUUUUCAAAAACCUAAGCACAUUCAUACUUCGAAUUUCCUUCAAUAUUUAAUAUGUCAGGUAUAAUAUGCAAGUUGUAUGUUUUUCUGCAGUUCAUCUACAGUCUCUUUUUAUAGUAAAAGGACAUUAACUGAAUGCUAGCAAUAUGGCCCGUCAGAAUGCCUUUUCAACCAAUACUUGAAAAGCUCGUAAAAUUCCUAAUCUUCAGCAGUAAGCUCAUGUGCUCCUUUGGUAGUUUACCGAAGGGUACAUGAACCAAAAUGUUGACUUUUUGACCAUUUUGAUGAUUUAUGAUUCAUUAGUUGUAGUGCUGGAGUUAGUCUGACCAGCUCACCUCAAAUCUUGACCUUAUUGAAGGCAGCAGAAUUUUUGCUGUUGCCUUCAGUGUGGCAAAAAUUUCUCUAAAUUUGUGCUGUUUCUAAACACUACUUUUUCCUCAGUUAAGAUUUCUGAAAUAGAAUCCUGAAUUAAGGUGCUACUUUAAGACAGGUGCAGAAAAAUACAUUAUUUGGGAUGAAAAAAUGUAUAUAUGAAUAUAUAACUUAGCAUUACUACAGUGAUACUAACUGGACAGGUAAUUUUUACAGUUAACUGAGGAGUCUAUAGCUGUAUGAAACAGAAGAUCGAUGGACUUCAAGUGUAGGAGUUAGAUGUGGAGUCCCUUUAUAGAGAUUAAACACUAUAAUUCACUAUGCAUUUGACAUAAAUCUGAAGAGGGCUGGAGGAGGAAAGAUAACUAUGUGACUCUGCAAACAUUUAUUUAUAUAAAGCUGCUUUUUUUUUUUUUCUUUUAAACACAGAAUUAAGUUUCUACUUGAGAAAUUGAAUUCUGGCUGAGGGAAGAGUUAUUUCUUGUAGGAGCACAAACUCCGAGAUCAUAGACAACGUAAUACUGACUGGAGAACAGGCAGUCCAGAAGGCCAAAGUAAACAUCUUAAAUCAGCAUUAAGGUAAAUCCAUUGGGGGAAAAAAAAAGAAAAGAAAAAAGGUCUAUCUUUAUAUGCUCGCCAAUGUAAGUGAAACCUAAAGAUGGCAUGAGACAGUGGAAGGCAUCUUAGGAAGAGGGUGGCUUGUAGCACAGAGAGACUGAAUCAACUUCUAUGUAAUCAUUUACUGUGGGAAUUUGUUCUGAGCUCAUCUCUCCUUUCCAGAAAAUGGGAAAUAACACUGUAAGUUGGGGCUCUGUUUGUAUGUAUCAGAGCUCAGGUAAAAAAAAAAUCUGAAUAAUGAUGACAGCUGUGCCAUAAAUUCCUGGAAAAAAAUGUUUUAUUUUAUAUUUACUGCAGGCAAAUCUGAAUCUUUAAUACAGCCCAAUUUCACAGGUGUUUCCCUGGGGUAUUUAUUACUGUAUAUUCAGUGUGUUAGUGUACAUAAAAAUAAGAAUCUUUAAAACUGACACAGUUAAAUGCCUUUCUUACAACAUGAGAAUGUUAUUCAAUCCAGAAGUCUAGCUUGAAAUUGUUCUUGCAAAUCAGAAUCUAAUCUAAUCUAAUCUCUUUAGCUGUAGACCCUCAGAGGCAAUUUGAGCACAGAAGGAAAUCACAAUUUGCUGAGUAGAUUUAGGCUGUAUAAUGAGAAACAUCAAAAGGGACUGACAUUUUCUUGGUUUUUUUUACGGUCCAGACCUGGUAGUAAUAAUAUUUUAAUGUGAGUUAUAACAUAAGCAAGAACAUAGUGAAGUAUUUUUACUUUGAGAAGGCAGGAUUGUAGAAACAGAAAUGGAAAAUCUGUUGUGAAAGCAUUCAGUGACUGAAUGCUUGUGCCAAACAGCACAGAUUACACGCUGUAUGUUCAAGCCAUUCCAAGUAUAAACAAGCCAACUGUAGACACAGGAAGAGAUGAAUUAAAAUAAUAAAAAAGAACCAAAACCAAAAAACAAGCAAGCAACGGCAGAUAAUAAGUGAUUAAGUUUGAAAAAUGGUUGUGUGAAAACUCAAAGAAAGGCACAGAGAUAAAGAAUCUCUAUUACAGUGAUGAUAAUUAUCUAGAUACCAACCAACCCCCCUCCUGUCUAAAGUGUUAGCUGUUGUAGUGAGAAAUCUGCCAGUACCCAAAUUAGUCUGGCAUUUUCAUGGUGUCAAAUACUGUAAUAUGUACAACUGGCAAAGAACAACAUAGUUUCAUGCAUCAAGUGCCAGCAGCAACACCCCACCAGCAUGGCAGCUCAGUGGAGGCAGUUGGACUUAGCAUAAUGAAAGCCUUCCUCUUCCUCUUUCUGGCAACCUUAAAACUACAAAGACACAGUCAUUAGACUGGAAUCUAUGCGACCUAUUUUUCCUAACGUGUGAUUAACACUUUAGCAGCAUCACACCCUGAAAGAGAAAAGAUUUUGUUUCUGAUAUUUGUCCAGGCACUGAACCAAUGAAGUAAAGAAGCAGUUCCCUGUGCGUGCACAAAGCUGCUGCUUGACACUGGACAUACGCACACAAAUGCUGAUGGAUGUUUUUCUUCCGUGAUUCCGGACAUUUCCAAUACCACCGUAUUGAGUAAUUUUCUAUCUUAUCAUGAGUCAUGGCAAAAGAGCACUUCUUUGAAACUUAGCAGCACAUCCUGUGGAUGAAUAUAUAUGUACGUAUUGUAGUCCAAAUGUGAAAGUUUGUCCUUUGUGUUUAAAUACUGCACACCAUGUAACUACGAGAUAAGCACUGAAACAGCAGUGGCAGGCAAGUUAGUUAUGGCUUCAAUCUAAUUACCUGAGAAUUUAAUGUUUUAAAUACUUUUUCUCCACUUUUUUUUUUUUUAGACGUUAUUUGCGUUGCAAAAUAUACACGAGCCUAUGUUUAAACAAAAUAAAAUAGCUUUUCAGGUGCUGUCCUAACAAACAGCACUGUGGGACUGUGAUCCCCACAAGCAAAAGAGAAGUCACUGAGAGCUCUUCUGCAGGUUUUGCAAGAAGACCACCGUGGGCUCCCCACGCGUGAUUAUUUCCUGGUAAAACUUUUCUUUUCUGCACCUGGUUGUUGUCUCUGGACCUUGCAGUUGAAGUUACAGCUGUAAGGCACGCAGGGCCUGCGGGCAGAGAAGCGGCCGGGCGGUGGGAGCGACUUCUCGUGCCCUUGUGAGAUGAGGCGUUCCAUCAGCAGCGCUUUAAUGUCUGCCAGAGGCAGUUCUCGUACCCCUCCAUGACAGUGAAAAGGGCAAAUGGGGAUCGGAAGGUGCCACCUUCUCCGAAUGGGAUGAAUCACAAUGGAAGCGAUCUGUAGGCCGGCAGGCGGCCCCACAGCUUGGGGGCAGCGGUGGCUCUCGCCUUUCACAGGACGGGCCUCGCCGCUUCGGCUCGCGGGGAGGAGCGCAGCGCGGCCCUCAGGUUUUUGUUGCCUAAUUUCUCACACGAAGGAAUGAAGUUUUUCUGGACCAGCAUGGGUAUAUAAACAUUUUCAAGAUGGCUAAGAACUGUGGUGAAGAACCAAGUGGAAUGAUGAGAGGAAGCACCUGCUUCUACCAACUUCUACUGACAUCCAACUCGCAUAUUUGACAGCAUGGUUUCCUGACAGAAAAGUAUAUUAUGUAUUUUUAUCUGAAUUCCAAAUCUGUAUUAGAUAUGCCAUCAGUGGUUGUUUUGAAAAGAUGAGAAGGGACGCACUGUGGGGCAACACAAUGAAACUGAAAAGGAUCUUUUCUUUCACUGAACCAGUUUUAGUGAGGAGUAUUCUCUAGCACUGGCGCCUUCUGUGAAGGUCUGCUAUUCCUGUUGUGUGCAUCCUGGCUAUGAGAGUUUUCUUGUGACUUCUGAGCCUGGUGCUGUUGACCUCAUGGGAACAAAAUAAAACAAAAAGCAACCUGAUUUUGGUAAACAAAAUGCCACGGAGAAGGAAAAUUGGUGGGAGUCCUUCUCGGAAUACUGGAGCUGCUGCUGUUGUACCCCAGGGGGACCCAAGCCUCUCAAUGUCACAACCAGCCUACAGUGUCAGUAAGGAAGAGCUCUUCAACAGCAUGUCAGAAAUGUUUUCUGACUUAGAUCCCAGUGUGGUUUAUAUGGUUCUCUCCGAAUGUGAUUUUAAAGUAGAAAAUGCUAUGGAUUAUCUGUUAGAGCUGUCCACUCAUGCUGAAGAAGCAGCAUCUUCAAAAGUCUCAGAUUUUGAAUCAGUGGCGUCGUCAUUAGCUUUUGUUAAUCAGCGGAGAUCUGUUCCAAAUCAAAGAAUGUGGGAAAGUACUGCAAAACGCUGUAAUUCUGAAGAAGAAAAAGAAAAGGUCUUAUCACCUGACACACUGCUGACUGAAGAACUGGAUUCCUUAAUAGAAAAUGCUUUUCAGAGAUGCAGCUUGAGUGACAAAUUGGCUAAUUCUGCAAAUGACCAAAUCGUAUGUGAACGUGAUGGCUUUAAGGAAUUUCCGGAGUGGGAAGAAUCACAUUUGGGUCGCGAUGUUCUACUUUCUCCACAGCAAAUAGCGACAAAUAAUGAGGUUUUGGAAAACUGCUGUUCUCAACUACCAGUGAGUCAGCUGAACAUCCAGACAAGCUCACCAGCUGCAUCGGACACUUUUGCACAAGCAUUAGGAGAUUCCGAUUUGUCAAAAAUACAUGUUCACCAUGAUAUAGCUUCAGAAGCCUAUAAACAAUCAAAUGGAGAAAUGUCAUGUGGAAAUUCUGAUCAGGCACAGCAUACUGUUUCAGAUCAUAAAAGUGCAACUACUGCUUCUGGCGAAUCUUCCCAAAGGACUCUGAAACUUGGAGUAGCUAUCGCUGAAGAACCUAAUUCACAGUGCCUGCAACAGCACAGAGAGUUAAUGACUGCCUGUUACAGCCACAACGCUUCUCUUCCAGAAGCCUAUGUCUCUCUUGAAAAAUCCAGUCUCAAAACACCAAAACCUAAGGAUUUUCAGCAAUCUGAGCAGAGUUAUAGCUUAAAUCUUUCUACACCAUCAUGUCGGACUCAACAACAUUGGAACCUUAUGGCUCCUGCAUUUUAUCCAUCCAGUGGAAGUCACAGCUUUGUAACUCCAGUGGCUGUCAGUCCAGGACAGUGGAGACCUGUUUCAGACUAUAGGACAUUGGAAAAAGGACUUGUUUUUUCUUCUCCAGUGGUUCCAAAUGCCUGGGAUAGCAGCCCUUCUCUGAAGGUAUGGGAAAAUCAAGAUAGAAACUCAAAAUUGAACCUCUCGCAAGCACAGCAGCCACCUGUUUGUCACAUGAUGAGAAAAAAGAUGCACCUUAUAGGUCAAGUACUUGUUCUUCUCAGAGGUGUUCCGGGAUCAGGAAAAUCAUAUUUGGCAAGGAUGAUACUGGAGGAUAACCCAAGUGGAGUUAUUCUUAGUACUGAUGACUACUUUUAUAAAUGUGGAAAAUACCGUUAUGAUGCAGAUUGCUUAGGGGAAGCACACGACUGGAACAGGAAACGAGCCAAAGAAGCAUUUGAAAUGAAAAUCUCUCCUAUAAUCAUAGACAACACAAACAUACAAGCGUGGGAGAUGAAGCCUUAUGUUACUCUGGCUCAGCAGUUCAAAUACAAAGUCAUGUUUCGAGAGCCAGACACAUGGUGGAAGUUUAAACCAAAAGAACUUGAAAGGCGGAAUGUACAUGGGGUAUCUAAAGAAAAGAUAAAGAGAAUGUUGGAGCAGUAUGAACGUUGCCUUACUGUUAACUCGAUCUUGGAUUCUUCUGUCCCAGAAAAAUCAGAAGUUGCUGCUUGGGAUGAGGAUCCUUGUCAGGAGGAAAGCCAUAGAGAAAGGGAGGCACAUUCUGAUAAAAAGGAAAACAAACCUUUUGCUUCUGAUUUGGAGCCUCUUAAUUUACCUGAAGAUGAUAAACCUCUUUCCAGUUCUUCUCUAACUUCGGAAAGUAAUUGUGCUCCUGAAAGUUAUCAGAAAGAGGAAAAAGAAAUGGAAAAUAACUCAGUGGAACACAAUACUGGGAGCAACACUGUUCAAGAUGACUUGGAUGUUCAUUUGUCAAGUUACGUAGAGAAAGAGCUGCCCUUGGAGAAAAAAGAAGAAAAAGGAGAAAGAAUGGAAGAAAUUACCGAAACAGAAAAGGAUGAGACUGAUAUGAUCACAAAUGAAGAAACUGUAUGCUUGCAUAGAGGAGGAGCUGAAAAACACAGUAAUGACAAUGUUCUCAAAGUUCAGACUGAAACUGAACAAAACAGUGAAAUAGGUACGGAGUCAGAUUCGACAGAAAGAAGUAACACAGUAGAACCAAGCAGCUCAACUAUGGAGGCAUCAGGAAAACCAGAGCUGCUGAACUUCCUGGGUGACUGGCCUGUACAACAAACAAUGGGACAGAGAGUCAAAAGAACUAGAAGGCUAGACAGAUCUUCCCUGAAGAGUGACAGGGAAGGUAAAACUCCUAGUCAGCUUCCUGAGUUAGGUAAAGAGCAAGCUGGUCUACCCGAUACCUGUACCAUUGUAAAUGGCCAGGAGGGAGAAAAUACAACCUCUAGUUGUUUCUCUGUUAGUUCAGAUAAAGUUGUGCCAGACCUGCAAAUGGUGGGACAUUGGCCAGUAUCGUUAGAACAGCGACAACAAAGGUCAAGGAGAAUGAGAAAGACGAGUCUAAGUCAGUCUGAUGAAGGUAGAAACACUGAAGGUGAUAUUAAUAGAAGUGCUCUUGACACUGUGGAUGUGCUUCGUGGAACACCUGUGGACACUGUAGAACAGGAUGUGAAGGAGUUGCAUUUUCCCCAACCUGAAAUGGUAGGUAGUGAAACAGUCGCUAAGAAAAAAACCCAGCAAAAUAAGCGAACAAGGAAACAUCACAAAUUAGCCCUCACUUUUACAAACAAUAAUUUGCCCCACUCCAAAGAAGAGGAACAGUUGUCUGUGCCUGAUUCUGUAGAAGAGAAACAAGAUGCAUGCUCGUGUAAACAGAUAAAUAGCCAUUCACAAACCGAAUCUCAUGAUUUUGCUCUCCUGUGGAGAUUAGAAAAUAAAAUGCUUUUUCCUCAGACUGUCAAAGUAUUGCAUGGCAGACUGGAUGGCUUCAAACCCAAAGAUGUGGAUGAUGCCUCAGGUUCUCAGGAAAAAAUACCUUAUCGAGUUAUGUAUGAUAAAAGUACAUUUGUGGAAGAAAGUGAACUUAUCGAUAUUGAUGAGACUGAAAAGCUAAAUAUGCUGUGUAAACUCUUUGAUUCAUUUUCAAUUGAAGCUGUGAAAGAUCUGUACGAAAGAUGUAACAAAGACAUAAACUGGGCCACCGGUCUACUCUUAGACUCUGAUGAAAAGUUACACAAAGAUGUUAAUACUGAAUGGUUUCAAGUAAAAGAAGCUGAGCCUGUUGCAGACUUUGAUUUCAAGGAAAAUACCAACUAUGAUGAGAAUCUUGAAGAUUGCACACACACAGAGCAAAUCACUGGGGCCAGCGAUGUUUCUGAUCCUUCAGAAGACAAGAACUCAUCAGUCAGCACUGAGGAAAGUAGAGCUGCCAAGACAGUUGUGACAGGUGCUGGUGUGUCUGACUCAUCUAAUGCUAUCUUGUUGAACGAUUUGGAGGAACUGAAAAAUUCCAGUGAUACAGCUCCUAGAGGCUAUGCAGGCAGCUCAGCAGCAGGUGUCAAUGAGCAGUGCAUUUCUGGAAUGCAGAAGGUAGAGUCUGUGAGUCCUGUUGAAGAAGUGAUGAAUAAGGUAUCGGUCUCACAAGUUGAUGUAGAUUUAUACGUACCCGUAGCUUUAUCUCAUGCUCUUGAAACAACCAGCAAUUCGAAAUUAAGUAAUGAAAGUGACAGUAACUCUUCAGAAAGCAAUGCGGAGAAUGCCAAAGGGAUGCCUUUGUUACUGGAAGUGAACGAUGUACCUCUGGUAGAUUCUAGGAAUGAUGAAGAACUGGAUACUGAUAGAGAAAAUCUGGGGAGUUCCAGGGAGAUCAGUGGUAAAGAGGAAAGUGGAACUUUGCUCAGGAAUGAAGAUGAGAUCAAGAUACAAAGCCCUUCACCAGUAUCGUCUGCAGCCUUUGAUAUAGAUAGCCUAGAACUAACUUUACCUCCUGAACUGGCUCUCCAGUUGAAAGAAAUAUUUGGGCCUGUUGGCAUUGAUGCAGGAUCACUAACUGCUGAGGAUUGUGUGGUUCAUAUUGAUCUGAAUUUGGCAAAAGUGAUCCAUGAAAAAUGGAAAGAAUCUAUUCUGAAGCGUCGGAGGAGAGAUGAAUCAUGGAAGUUGUCUGCAGAAGGUUCUACAUUGAUUCAGCAGAUAGAUAUGAAUGACCCCAAAAUGCUGUUAUCUCAAAAUGCUGACAAUAAAAUGCAGAAGAAGGGAAUGAGCUGGGUUUCAAGCUCAUCUAACGAAAUGCAGACUAAAAAAGCAGCAACAUCAGAAGUUUUUCCUUUUAUGGAUCACUGGAAUGCUCGAACUCAGAAAGUUUCCCUCAGACAAAUAAUAUCUGAAGAAAUAGCCAUGCAGGAGAAAGAGGACCUGAAACGUGUUCCUUCUAUGGCUAGAAAAGAUUGUGCUGCUAAACUGAAGGAGAAGCAACUUUUUGAGAUGUUUCCAACUAUUAAUCAAAAUUUCUUAAUGGAUAUCUUCAAGGACAAUAACUAUUCUUUAGAGCAGACCGAACAAUUUCUGAACUGUGUUCUGGAGGCAGAUCCUGUAAAAACAGUUAUAGCUCAAGAAAGUGUUCAGCGAAAUGAAAUUGUUUCUUCAUACAGUGCUGCAAAGAGCCGGGAGAAGGUGGCAAGAAAAGCUAAGGAAGAGGAUGACGUUUUGAGUGAAAUAUUUCAAGAAUAUGAGUAUCCACAGUAUGAUGACUUCAGAGCAGAAGCUUUUCAUCACCAACAAAAGAGGCAGGAGUGCUUGAAAAAGGCUGGGGAGGCCUAUCACAUGGGAAUGAAGCCUGUGGCAGCAUUUUAUGCACAUCAGGGUCGCCUUCACGAGCAGAAGAUGAAGGAAGCCAACCAUGCUGCUGCUGCACAAAUCUUUGAAAAAGUAAAUACUUCCUUGCUGCCUCUGAAUGUGUUGGAUCUGCAUGGUCUCCAUGUGGAUGAAGCUGUGAAUCAAUUGUCCAGAGUGCUGCAGGAAAAAAGCAACGAGUACCAACAGUCUGGUGGUAAACCUUAUCUCUGUGUUAUCACGGGAAGAGGAAGCCAUAGUCAGGGAGGAGUUGCUCGCAUCAAACCAGCAGCUAUCAGAUACCUCACAAGCCACAACUUCAGGUUUUCAGAAAUAAAGCCAGGCUGCCUGAAAGUCAUGCUGAAUUGAACGGUUGAUGAGAAGAGGAACAUAAAAAAUGAGAUGUUGGAUUACAGCUAAAAACUUUUUGAAUAACUGCAAUAAUAUUUUCUUAUCUGUUUUAAAGGAUGGUAUUUAUUAGAAGUGGUCUCAAUUUGCAGCAAAUGGUCUUGUCAGUAUGUUUCCAACAACGUUUUCUUGUGGGAUAAAUCUUUUUUUAAUCUACCAAAAUCUACCCAAAAAAAAAAAAAAAAUCCAGGUUGUGAAGUCUUCAUAAUGCAGAUUAAGAAUUCUGAUGAGGAUUUCAUGUUUUCAAGGAAAGUUGAGGUACAAUUUUUAGGUUCAGCAGUCUUCUCAGCUUACUCAGUCCGUAACUCUCACUUCACCUAUUUAAAUUCCAGUGAUUUCAGUGUUUUUGGAAUGUAGAACCCUGUGCAGCUAUGUUGUGAUUCAGAACUUUGUGCUAAAUUCUUCUGAAGAGCAGAGGAGAGGUGGGAACUCAGCAACUAUUGCGAUUUUGAAUCCUGUUACCGUUGAAUGUUAAAACACUUCCAGAUUUCUUUGAGAGUCAGAGGUGUUCUUAGUAGUCAUUUUGUGACAACUUGACCAGUUCCAUUGUUCUUACUCUAUUCCAAAUUACUUUUGAAACAAAUGGAAGGACUGUACAUUAAGACCAGGUACACGUUAGGUAAUUUUUUGUAGAUUUAGAGAUCUGUUAAAGGAGGCAAUAAAACAUCUACUUAGACAUAGCUAAUGGGAAAUGCACUCAUUUGAAAACAAAACUAAACAAAAAAAAAUCAAACCCACAAGAACUAUUGAAUGAAAAGUAUACCUUUUAUGACUUUUCGAAUGGAGUGAAAUUGGUACUGUUUCAUUUUACAGGUAUUUAAUAGUGAUGUCUUCAUUCUGUGCAUAUUAACUUUGGUAAUCUCCUUGUAGAAAAUCUGUUUAUCUUUGAGACAUUUAAAAUGUAUUUUCAACAUCAAAUUGAAUGUGAAUAUUACAGUAGUAAUCGUCCAUCUUGAAGAAGGUAUGAAAGGUACUCUGUCCAUGGUGGCGUUGCAUCUGAAUAUACCUGUUUUAAAAACAGAGACACAAAACCGUGCCACAGAAUAAAUAAAUAAAUAAAAAACCAAAGGGACUAAAAAACCCAAUAAAUAGAAACACCUGUACUUUGGCAUGGAUUUUCAGCAAGCAGUCAGAACCUUUUCUCAUUGGAGUACCUUCUACAAUGAAUUACGUCUUACACCUUUACUUCCAGAAGGGCAUAGGAAUUCAUUAAACUGGUUGUUUUUUUGUUUGCUUUUUUUUUUUUUUGUUUCCUAAUGUAAAGCUUUGUUUUAAGAAUGGAUAUGAGUUGUGUAUUAGAAAUAGUAUUAAUAGGUUAAGGAUUAAUAGGAGAGUUUCUCGUUCUUUAAAAUACUUUCUCAGUAAAUCUUAUCCGGGAACUUCACGCACGUGGAAUUUCUGUAUGAAUCCAUAUGUGUGUGCGAGUUCUGCCAUUUGUGUGCAUGGGUAGUAUAAGCAAGGAACUUCUGUGAGAAAAGCUGUGCGCAGAAAUAGGUUUCAUUGCAAAAUGUGUUGCUGACAAAUGGAAAGACUUGAGGUUUACUGAAUUUACUGCUGUAUUUACUGUAAUAGAUACACAGUGAAUGCAGCAUACAAUAGAUCAAAAAAUGAGUUUCUCAUGCUUUAACAGAUACAGUAAUCUUUUUUGGUGAUUCUGAAUGCAAGAAUAGCUUGAGUAAUAUUUAAUCAGACUCUUACUGGAAUAAUUCUUUUAAGUAAUAAGUUUUAUAUUUUUUAUGGGUACUUUAUUAAUUCAUGCCCCAUUUUCUCCUUGUUGAGCUAUACUGUUAAGCAGUGUUUGAAGUACAAAAUAUUUGGGCCCCCCAAGCAGCACUAGCAGGGUUGUUUAUGGUGCUGCACCUGCGGGGUGAAGCCCACGCUCCAUCCUCUGUGACUGCCUAGAAUGAAAGACUGAUGUCUUUCAGGCACUGGGGCUGCAGACAUCUGAAAUGCCUAAAUGGAGCUAGGAUUGUUCUUCUGGACAAAGAAAGUUCCUUCUGUUUUUGAGCAAAUUUUUCUUACUGUUGCUUUUUAUACUGAAUGGACAUGUGGCUCUUUGGGGCACUUCUUUGCAGCAUAGUCCCUGCUCGUUGGCCUGGGUGGCAGAAUUGUCCAGCAGAGGUCUCAGUUUAUACUUGGAAGUGUCAGUAUUGAGCCACUGGGUGCCAAAGUAAUUCAAGUGAGCUUGUACCCAGAGAAAUGCCUACGCUUCUGGUUGUGUUGGGAGGGGCCUGAUUCACUCAGCACAUUCACACCAUUCUGACACGGACAAAGACAGCUUAGAUUUCAGUUCGGAAGUUGAGCAGGAGUUGUUGCCUUGUCCAUCUGUUCAUCUUAGCCUAGUUGUUGAUGCACUUACCCAGGAGGUGAGAAGCACAGCUUUUCUCCUUCUGCUGGCUAAGUGAGGAACAACAACUGCACCCGGCUCUCACUUUCCCAUAAAAUGCUCUACCUGGUGGGCUCACGGUCCUCCUGGAGUGCCACUUUCUGAGCCUCUCUUGAGCCUACUGCUGUAAGAUAAUAAAUACAUUAAUUAAUCUCUUGAAUCAACACCUUUGAUCUUAAGUUAAAAAAAAAAAGUGCAGAAACAGUCUAUGGAAGCUGCACCCACAGAUUUUCAGUGUCCCUCCCUCUCAUUGUUUUCUCUCUUUAUGUGUUUAACCAAAUAGGGCUAAAAAUGUUCAGGGCAAAACCUCAGCACCAUGCCCUACUAGGAGAGCUUUUCUCCCAUCUGUCAGUCAGUGGAGAAGUGCAGAGCUGAAGCAGUUUGGAAUGUUUCUCUUUCUUUCUCUCUGUCCCUUGUGCCUUUGGGUACAGGCCUGGGUUCACUGAGGUAUGUUGGAUACCAUACCUUCCUGCAAGCUGGUGGUUUGCCUAAUUAUAAGUUGUUGAUCCCAGCACGAAUUUAGAUGAAAGUUGUGGUUUAAUAUUGUAACAGGCAGAAGCAGUCUUGCUUUUAUUGAAACUAUAGACGAAACCUCUAUCAGCUUCAGCAGCUUGACAUGAGGCAUUGCCCUUCCGAUUCAGAGAAAAGAUGAUGAGCUCAGCUGUUUUCAUCUGUAGGAGUUUAAGUGUGUGCUUAGAAGCUUUACUGAAUGGGAUAUAGAAUGGAGCAGAAGAUCAGUGCGGAGAAAGAAAGUAGGGUUCUAUUAUUUGAAAGCAUGAAGUUUCUUAAUUCUUGCCAAACUAUCCAGAAAAACACACAGGAAUUCUCAUGUUUCUUCAAUUGCUUUUAUAAUAGGAUAAGGAUUCUAUAGUGGGAUGAAUUAUUUAAAAUAGAAUUGUUUGAAAACAACAUUUGAAAAGAGGUUACGUUUUAGACUUCCAGCCUUUCUGAUGUCUUUUGCAGUUGCAUCAGUGUGAGUCAUGAGGCAUGUUGUGAAAAUAAUGGAUUUUAUAUUUUGAAUCCAGGUAGCACUUAGUCGUAUGGCCACCAGCACUCUGAAAUUACGUGCGACUUUUCAAAUGCCUGUAUUGUGUGCCACUUCUUAAUCUAUUCAACAGCAUGUGGUUGCAAUGGCUGCUCGCCUCUAAUGUGACUUUUGGUUUCUUCUUCUAUGAAACGUUUUAAUGUUUACUUCAAUUUUUAAUAUAGGAAGAUUCUCAAAUUGUUCAUACAAAAUUCAGUUGAACGCUGUAGCUCUAAUGUGUAGCCCUACAGUAAAGAAGGAAAAGGAGGAAGGAAGAAAAAUGCAAUGGGGAUAGUUCUUUUCCAGAGUGGUGCAAGUGUUUGGAAAUAUAUUUCCAUUGGUCAUGAAAGCAAUGGGGCAGAAGUGAUUUUUAAACAAUAUCUUGAUAAUACUCGGGUUAACUUGGGUUUUGUUUUUAAUCAUAUGUGGUAUAAUCUUGUCUAAACUCAGUGUUUUUUAUAGGCCUGCUGAAGGACACCUCAGGCAAAAUGUAACUGGCAUUUUUUGUGGCUUUUGGGAACCAUUGUGACUUGGGAGUCUCCAUUUUAGCAAUGCAGAUGCCCUAGUUUAACCUAGGCAUGUACGUAGAGUGUCAGGAAAGAUCUUCACGUGUUUAGCAGAACAUGUAUUCUAAACAAGUACACAAGCAGGUGAAGAGUAACCAAAUUGUUACUUAAUCUUGCCACAAAAUAUGUCUGGUAAGUAAGAGGACGAUUUUUAUUGUUGAUGAUAACAAUGGAAGAUCAUUGUAAAUGUACUGCGAUAAACCAUACGUGGACUCUCUGUUGCUCAUGGUCAUGUCUUCAAAUGCAUUUCACAUUUGCAGAGUAGUAUUGCCCUCUUCACAGAGUGAGGAAGAGGACAGAGUAUGAACACUGAAAAAGAAAUGUUUGUUACCAUGAUGCCUGUGCAUCAAAAUUAGUUGUUUUUUUUUAAUAAAUAAAAGUAUUUUUAAUUAAAAAAAAAAACAACAACACAAAAAACAGUGACAACCCAACUGAUAAUGCUAUUUGAGUGCUACUUCAACUAAUUGGAGUAUGCCGAGUACUACAUGACUGUGUGAAUAUGCAUGUGAAAAGACCGAGUAUUCUGGUAGCUACCAGGUGUCAAAGCUGUCAGGACCAGUACAUUGGAAGAUAUCAAUGUCUAUUUUUAAAUUGAAAUUAAAAAAAAAAAAAGAUUUUUUUAUUUGUAUAAAGAUGUAAUUUUGCUGUUAACUUCCAUUCUUUUUUUUUUUACUGAAACACAAUUUUGUAAUUGCGUUUAGAAUUUCUAAUGUGAAAAGGAAUUUACAAAAUCUAGUUUAAUAAAGGAUUUUUGCCACAA